AAUUCCAAAGUCUUAGAUGCGGGCAAGUAUGAUUUGUUUUCCUCGUUCUUGCAUAAAUUGUUUGCACUUGUGAUUUCUUUCAUCUGGUGCUAUUUGAUAGCUCAGAUCUAAGUCAUACACCUCCUUGCAGGACCGUCUGUGUGUAGCUCUCUUGGCAAUCGGGCCCUCCACGUGCACGUUGACCCUGUUCACAUUGAGAACCUGCAUUCAUACAUACCCUAGAUAGACAAACAAGCCACACCAUCUCGGAUCUGUCGAAUCCCAAACUUUAUCACAUGGCACCAAGUUUCAGCUCUAAAGUGGCUCUCGGUGGGGAUAUCAGGCCCAAGUUUCCUGGUCAGAUUUCCUGCCUCUCCCGUGGUUUGACGACCCACGAGGUGGUUGGUGACACCAUGAUGGUGUGUGGUUUUGGGUCCUUCCAAAUGAAAUCAGGGAUUUGAUGCGCAGUGUUCAGAAAUUCCAUUUCUUGCCUUGUUGUUCCAAAGGCCGUCUCCGAAAAACAAUAUCUCCCGGUUGUAGUAGCUAUUGUGGUGGUGGUUGUGGUUGAGGAGGAGUUAGUGGUGGUAGUAGUGAAUCGUUGUUCCGCUCGUUCGCCUCCUCGCGCCUCCUGGACGGCCUUGCCGUGGUGGUGGUCUUCAUCAUGGUGGACUUGCGAAGCAAUGCCAGUUUUUGGGAGCGAGCCUAUGUUUGGUGCAUGGGCGGAGUGAAUUGGCACGAUCCCGAGGAGGGAGGGCCAGAGUGCCUGAACCAUGUGAGUGAGUUCCAUCGCCGGGUCGAAAUUGGCAUUGGUGUGGUGGUCACGCUAUUGAGCUUGUGGAUUGGGGUUCGAACCUGCCAAGGUCAAGACCAAAUCGUGCAUUCCAAGCGUCCUCGAGGACCCUAUAGUCCCAGUGGGGGCAAGAUGCUCCUUCUCGUGCUGUUCACACUGAUUUUUGGCAUCGAAGUGGGCUACAAAUUCACCUCAGGACAUAUCAUCUAUCUUUUGUACCCGUGCCAUGUCAAUUCCAUACUUUGGAUCUACGUCCUAGCCACCCCACCCACUUGGGGGAACGUGUGUCUCUAUCGAUUAAUUCUUCACUUCACCCAUGGGACGUUAGCCGGGAUCUAUUUUCCCGUUGACGAGGUGCUUAAACUGCCGUUUGAACGGGAAACUUAUUGGUUGCAACAUUACUUUCUUGUCAUAAUCCCCGUAUACAUGAUCUGCUUUGAGCGGUGGGAUUAUCCCCCGAGUCCCAAGUGGGAUAUCUCGUGGAUUUUCUUGUCCUUCUCGGCCUGGAGCUUCUGGCACUUUGUCGUGAUGCAUGGGGUCUCGGUCUUAACCUUAGCCAACAUAGGCCACAUGCUCUGUGCGGCCUUCUCCGACCCAUUUCGAGGUCCCUAUUACCGCAUGAUAGGCAUACUUCACCAACUCCUCGCCACGGCUUUAUCUGGCCUGUUCGUGGGAUCAGUCACUUGCUUGGCCGAAAGAAUUUUCCCACAAGGAACACCCAAUCGCACCGACCCAGUGAAAACCGCCUCACAAUCGAAAAGGGAGUGAAUCCCUGUUUUUUGAUCUAACAUCUUUAGAUCGUUUGUGAUUGCCGCCCAAGGGCGUUUAAAAGGCUCGCACACACACACUCUCUCUCUCUUUCUCUCUCUCUCUUUCAAUUAUAAGAAACUAUCCUUUCAAAUUUCACGUGUGCAUAUUUGCUUAUGGUAGCAUGAUGUGACAACUAGAUCUGCUAAACGCCGAAAUAACCUCGUAGCAGCCCGCUAAAAAUCAAAAUGAUAUCCCAGUCGUUUGAGACGGCCUCCACUACAGAACGAAGAACAAGUCAAAAAUAUAUUUGGAGAUAAUACAAUACAAGACGCCCAGUGCCAAUUAUUUUCG